AAUGACAGCCGCGACAGUUGGGCUCAUCGUCGUUCUGGUGAUCAAUGAGAGCAAAAACACAGAGGAACCUAAAGCAGCCUAUAUGAUUGGAGUGGGCAGAGCUGACUGUACGGGACCCAUUGCUGAUGUGCCUCUGAUGGGCUAUGCGAACCUGGAGCAGACAGCAGGCGGUCUUCACACCCGGCUGUUCAGCAGAGCCUUCAUUGUGGAUGACGGCACCAAGAGGGUGGUAUUUGUGACUGCCGACAUAGGCAUGGUUUCCCAGAGGCUGAGGUUAGAGGUGAUGAGAGAACUCCAGGCUAAGUAUGGAGACCUCUAUAGACAGGACAAUGUGGUUCUUAGUGGUACCCACACUCACUCUGGUCUGGCUGGAUAUUUCCAGUACACUCUCUUCAUGGUCACCAGUAAAGGCUACAUUAAGUCCUCCAUCAGUGCCAUUGUCAAUGGAAUUGUGAAGAGCAUUGACAUUGCUCAUGAAAACAUGAGGCCUGGCAGAAUCUUUAUAAAUAAAGGAAACCUUGUUGACAGUAAUAUAAACAGAAGUCCAUACUCGUACCAGAACAACCCUGCAGAGGAGAGAAACAGGUAUGACUACAACACAGACAAGCAGGUGGUGAUUCUGAAGUUUGCAGAUCUGGAUGGAGAUGGUAUUGGCAUGCUCAGCUGGUUUGCUGUUCAUCCUGUCAGUAUGAAUUACACUAACCAUAUGGUGAGUGCAGACAACCUUGGAUAUGCAUCUUACCUGUUUGAACAAGAGAAAAAUGUUGGCUCCUUUCCUGGCCAGGGCCCGUUCGUAGCUGCCUUCUCUUCUAGUAACCUUGGAGAUUCAUCUCCAAAUGUUCUUGGUCCAAAGUGUGAAAACUCAGGGGAACCGUGUGAUAUUGUCACCAGUUCUUGUCCAGUCGGCGGGACUAAGAUGUGUAUUGCUUCGGGUCCGGGGACAGAUAUGUUCGAAAGUACAAGAAUCAUUGGUGAGCGCAUUGCGAAAAAAGCAAGGGAGCUGUACAGCAGUGCAAAACAAGAGGUGCAUGGGAGUGUCCACUUUGCUCACCAAUGGGUCGACAUGACGUCUGUGACUGUCCAGCUGAAUUCCACUCAUACGGCUAAAACUUGUAAGGCAGCACUAGGUCACAGCUUUGCUGCUGGAACAGUGGAUGGGGGAGGUGACCUCAACUUCACACAAGGAGCUGUUGAGGGGGAUCCAUUUUGGGAUGCAAUUCGUGAUGCGCUCUUGGGCCGGCCCUCUAACGAGACGCAGGACUGCCACAAACCAAAACCGAUCCUUUUCAACACAGGAGAGUUAAAACGGCCCCUUCCAUGGCACCCAGACAUAGUGGACGUGCAGUUAAUAACUAUUGGAUCUGUGGCCAUAGUAGCAGCCCCUGGAGAAAUGACCACUAUGUCAGGGAGAAGAAUGAGGGAAGCAGUCAAAAGGGAACUGGAAACAAGCAGUGCCUUCCAAAAUACAGAAGUGGUCAUCGCUGGUCUGUGUAAUGUUUACACACACUACAUCACUACUUUCGAGGAGUACCAGAUUCAGCGUUACGAGGGUGCCUCUACUAUUUUUGGGCCUCAUACUCUGUCAGCCUAUAUCCAGAAAUACAGUGGUCUCGCCAAGGCCAUAGCUCAAGGAAAAGUGGGCGAGUUGCCAAAGGGUCCUGAACCUCCCUUUUUCAACGACAGUCAGCUCUUUUCCCUUCUGCCAGCUGUCUCUGUAGAUAGAAAGCCAGCCAACACCACCUUUGGCCAAGUCUUGGAGCAAGUAAACCCAGUUUAUACAGUGGGAGAAAUUGCAUCUGUCACUUUUGUGGCGGGUAACCCAAGAAACUCAGGAGACAAUCAGAGAGACAAGACCUUUGUCACCGUGGAACAGUUUCAUAAUGGAUCACAGAGAUGGGAAGUAGUUCACACAGAUGCAGCUUGGGAGACGCGAUUUCACUGGAUAAAAGGGUCUGGUGGCCAAAGCAAUGCCACAGUAGAGUGGCACAUACCCCUCACAGCACAGCCUGGCACCUACAGGAUUCGACACUUUGGACACUCCAAAAGUCUCCAAGGACUGAGGCCUGUGAUUACAGCCUAUGAGGGAACUUCAGAUAGUUUCGCAGUUACCAAAAGUCUGUAUUACUGAUUGGAACAUCCUAGAAGCAAUGUUCUGAGCUGAAUUGGAUUGAUAAGUGGUA